AUGACUAAAACAUACACCAUAGAAGAAGUUGCUCAACAUAACACCGAGGAUUCCAUCUGGAUCAUAGUUCAUGAGAAAGUUUUUGAUGUAACAAAGUUUCUUAGUGAUCAUCCUGGCGGAAAAAAAGUUUUAUUGAAAGUUGCUGGUGUGGAUGCCACAAAGCAAUUUGAUAAUUUUCAUAAUUUGUCCACAUUAGAAAAAUAUUCUUCUCAAUUAUGUAUUGGUGAAAUUGGUUCUGGGCCAACUGAAGAAACAAUCGAUGAAGCCUUUUCUGGAGAUGGUCCAUUUGGUGAUCUUGUACCUCAUGGCGAUCCUUAUUGGUAUCAAGAUUUCUAUAGUCCAUACUAUAAUGAUAACCAUCGUCGUGUACGCGCUGCUGUAAGAGUAUUUGUUGAAAAGGAGAUUAUGCCUUAUGCUUAUGAAUGGGAUGAAGCUAAAAGAAUUCCUAAAGAAUUAUUCAUAAAAAUGGCUGAUGCCGGUAUUUUAGCUGGUGUUGUAGACUUUGAUCAUUUCGCAGAAUUUGUUCUUUCUGAUGAAUUGGCUCGUUGUGGUUCGGGUGGUAUUCUUUGGGGUUUGACUGGUGGUUUGGGUAUUGGACUUCCACCAAUUCUUAAAUUUGGUAGUGAAGAACUAAAGAAAAGAGUUGUACCUGAAUGUCUUUCUGGUCAUAAAAACAUCUGUCUUGCUAUUACAGAACCAUACGCUGGAUCCGAUGUAGCAAAUAUUAAAACUGAAGCCAAAUUAUCUGAUGAUGGUCAACAUUAUAUUGUAAAUGGUGAAAAGAAAUGGAUAACCAAUGGUACAUUUGCUGAUUAUUUCACUACUGCGGUCCGUACUGGAGGUCCUGGCAUGGGUGGAAUUUCUCUUCUUUUAAUAGAAAGAACAAUGCCAGGUGUUAAUACUCGUCAAAUGUUAUGUUCUGGUGUAUGGUCAUCUGGUACAGCAUAUAUCACAUUUGAUGAUGUAAAAGUUCCAAAACGUAACCUUGUUGGUAAAGAAAAUGGUGGAUUCAAGUGUAUUAUGCACAAUUUUAAUCAUGAACGUAUGGGUAUUGCUAUACAAGCCACAAGGUUUGCACGUGUUUGUUAUGAAGAAGCAAUGAAAUAUGCACACAAGCGUAAAACUUUUGGACAAAAACUUGUUGAUCAUGCUGUUAUUCGUAAUAAACUUGCACACAUGGCAAGAAAAAUUGAAGCAACACAUGCUUGGAUGGAAACUUUAAUUUAUCAAACAAAUCAUAUGUCCGGUAAUGAAGCAAUGACGAGACUUGGAGGUCCAAUUGCUUUAUUAAAGGCUCAAUCUACACAAACAUUUGAAUAUUGUGCUCGUGAGGCUGCUCAAAUUUUUGGUGGUUUAGCAUAUACUCGUGGAGGUCAAGCUGAAAAGGUUGAACGUCUUUAUCGUGAAGUACGUGCCUAUGCUAUUCCAGGUGGUUCAGAAGAAAUUAUGCUUGAUCUUGGUGUUAGACAAUCUUUAAAGGUUGCGCAAUUUUAUGGUGCCAAACUAUAA